ACAUAUGCAAUGCAACAUGACACACACAACACAAUCAGUGAAUCCUUCGUCGUCAGAAAAUGGCUUCCCAGAAGCAACACACACAACCAGGGAAAGAACAUGUCAUGGAUCCAACACCCCAGUUCACUUCCCCUGACUACCAACCAUCAAAUAAACUUCAAGGUAAGAUAGCAGUAAUAACGGGUGGCGACUCCGGAAUAGGAAGAGCUGUAUGCAACUUGUUUGCAUUGGAGGGUGCCACCGUGGCCUUCACCUACGUGAAGGGCCACGAAGACAAGGACGCGAAGGACACCCUUGAGAUGAUCAACAGGGCCAAGACUCAGGAUGCCAUGGACCCCAAGGCCAUAGCUGCUGACUUAGGCUAUGAUGAGAACUGCAAGAAGGUCAUCGAAGAGGUGGUCAACGCUUAUGGCAGAAUUGACAUCUUGGUCAACAAUGCUGCUGAGCAGUACGAGAAUAUAACUAUUGAGGAGAUUGACGAUCCAAGGCUUGAAAGGGUUUUCCGCACUAACAUCUUCUCAUACUUCUUUAUGACCAGGCAUGCACUGAAGCACAUGAAGGAAGGAAGCUGCAUCAUCAACACCACGUCUAUAAAUGCAUACAAGGGGCACCCUACCCUGGUGGACUACACUGCAACCAAGGGGGCCAUUGUGGCCUUUACAAGAGCACUCUCAAUGCAGAUUCUGAGCAAGGGAAUUCGUGUCAAUGGCGUCGCCCCCGGACCCAUCUGGACACCUUUGAUACCAGCUUCUUUCGGUGAAGAAAAGAUUGCUCAGUUUGGUUCUGAUGUGCCAAUGAAGAGAGCUGGUCAGCCUAUUGAGGUGGCUCCCUCUUAUGUUUUCCUUGCCUGCAAUCAUUGCUCCUCUUACAUAAGCGGCCAAGUCCUCCACCCCAACGGUGGUGCCAUUGUCAACGGUUGAAGAAUGAUGAAAAUUCACAAGUGAUAACCAAGUUCGAUAUGGUUCUUGUCUAUGUAAGAAUGCAAAGAGCAGUCAAUACCUCAGUACCGUGUGAAUAAAUAUAUGUACACAGCAGCUUCUCUCUGCUUUUUCCUUUUGUUCUUUCUAUUGGAAACCUAAGAAAAUACCUAGUACUUUUGAUAAACUAUAGUGCAAGUGUGUAACACUACCACUAAUAAUAAUAUUGAUCAUCAAUAUGAAAGAUGAACAAA